GAGACAUUAUCUGAAUUCUCAUCGAGCUCGUCAUUCACCGUUUUUACCUUCUGUGAAUUUACACUUCAUGGGCAUUUGUUCGAUCGACAAUCUAUCCCUUGGUCACGUCAAUUUGUUGCUAACUUCAAGGCGUUCACUGGAAUAAACAGUGAAGUGUCAAACUUUCAGCUUUGACAGUUAAACAAUGGGAGUUUGACACUCAGUGGAAAUUUGGAAAAUGUCUGCCAAUUAUUAUUUCGUCAUCGUUGGAACUGAGGAUAAUCCACUCUUCGAGAUUGAGUUCUGCGGAUCCAGCAAAGACACAAAAAAAGAAGAUCAUGCUCAUUUGAAUCAGUUCAUAGCUCAUGCAGCUCUCGAUCUGGUGGACGAGAAUAAAUGGAGAAGCACGAAUAUGCACCUGAAAGUAAUUGAUAAAUUCAAUCAGUGGUUCGUCAGUGCAUUCGUCACUGCCACUCAGAUUAGAUUUCUCAUGGUACACGAUACCAAGAAUGACGAUGGCAUUAAAAAUUUUUUCAAUGAGAUGUACGAGACCUACAUAAAGUAUUCGAUGAAUCCGUUCUACAAGAUAAACUCCCCGAUAAAUUCCACGGGAUUCGAGAAAAAAGCCCAGCUGUAUGGCAGAAAAUACCUGACCUCUUAAUUCAAUUUUGGGGGUACCCCUCCAAAAAAAAAUGUACAAAAACAAUUAAAUAAAAUGAAUUAAAAAUAAAUUAAA